AUGGAAAAGAUUGGCAUGGAAAUGGUUGUCGACGAGAUUUUCUCAAGGCUCCCUACCAAAGCUGUAGAUCGUUUCAAAAGUCUUUCGAAAUAUUUUCGUAAGGAACUACCAACUCAUAAUUUUGAGUUGAAGCAUUCUCGGCGGGCUGGAAAUUCACUACAAAAGAAACUACUGUCCUUGAAACAUGAGUCGAUAGUCGUUGACGAUAUAGUAGGUGGGAAUUUGGAAGUCGAUACAAGCAAAACAAUAACUUUCCCAUACAAUAUCCAUCCUUCCUUCUUACGUAUUAUAUCGUCUUUUAACGGACUGUUGUUAGUUUGCAAUGAAAGGAUUUUUUGUGAGCUCAUCCUUUGGAAUCCAAUAACGGGGCGCUUUAAAUUGAUAUCCGACGACUACUUUAAUCAUCGUUUUGAUCGUAACUCUGAUACCGGUGGAAUGUACUUUGACCAGUUCGACGAUCUCAAAGUGCUUCACAUCAAGUGUUACCGUAACGUUGCUACUGCCCGUGUUUAUUCACGACGUCUUGACUCAUGGAGAAAAAUAAAUUUCCUCAACGAAUCAAAAUUUGCUUCAUCGUCUUAUUCAUGGUCUCCUGCAACUUAUUCCGGCAAAACCAUAUAUUUCAUGGUUUCAAAUUAUUGGUUUCUACCUGGCGAGAGGAACAUAGUUACUUUUGAUGUUAUUUCUGAAUCUUUCAGCGUACUUUGUUUUCCCGAGCGUAUGGAAGUCAAUCCUUGCCAAGGACAUUUUCUAACCAUUUUGAACAAGCUGCAUGUGAUUGUCGUUGGACGGGCUGAUGAACUAAUCGCUGAUUUGUUCAAACUUGAACAUGAUGACUGGGUCAAGGUGUUUUCUUUCGAUAAGCCUCACAUACUUGAUUAUCAGGGAAGGCAGCAAAGGACAAAUAUAAUUCAAGACAACAAGUUGCUGAUAACAAGUAUUUGGGGUGAUUUUGUUGAAGUUGACUUGUGCAAUGAAGCUUUCAACUACCUCCAACAUGUUGACAACUACAACGGUCCGAAAGGAGCCUUAUUUAUCGAGACCACUGUUUCGCCUAUCGAAUCUAAAUUAUGA